AAUAAAAUUUUGGAAUUAAAAUUGAUAAUGUUAAAGGGCAACGGCAAGGAAGUAACGUCAAGUAUUUCUUAUUUCUUUUUCUUAAUUCUUAUAGUAGUCUAAUUCUUUUCGAGUAGACAUUAAAUUAAAAUAAUAAGACAAUUUGUUGGGAAAUAGAGUAGUACUUCACCUUCAACGAUGGCGGAAUUCGACCGUAAGAAUUAUACUCUUCUUCACCGCGACUGGGAAACUUAUCCUCCCCGAAACAUUAUAGAGAAAGGUGUUUUAUUGAGUCAGAAAGUGUUCGUGCAGCCUAUGAUAUACUUGAAAAAAAAUCUAAUCACACCAAAUCAGCAAACCUAUUACUGGUACCACAGAAAAUAUCAAAGAGUACCCACAAUUGAUCAAUGUUACGAUUAUGAUGCUUUAUGUCAUUUUGAAGCGGAGCGGCAAAUUAUUCGCGACAUGAAAGUUGAUUCUAAGAUUCUCAGCUUAUUGUUUGCCCGAUUUGAUGAAUGUGUACUCUGGGAAGGGCACGAAAAAGAGAAAUGUCGUCCUUUGUUGGACGCGUACAGAGAAAACGAAACUAAUUGGUUUAUAAAAUAUGGUGAUAUUGGUCAAGGACCGCAGUACGCGCGUAAAGUUUUUAUGAAGCAAAAACAUCGUAUGUUAUGGGAACGUCGUCAUGGACCAGUAGGAACUGGUAAAAAACAGAGAAAUUAUCAUCCCGAUGGUACUCCAUAUUAUAAAUAAAAGUCGAACGUUCGUAGUUAUUCUAUUUCAUCUGUUGUAAUUAAGUAUAUCAGCCCUGUUAAAAAAAAAUAAAUGAUCGUAUGUACAUA